GGGCGGGGGGGGGACUCUUGUUGCGUUGAAGCGAAGCCCAAGUUGGAGCUACUACUACACCCCAUGCCAUGCACUCCGCAAUCCAUCAUCCAUUCCUGAAUGACACCGUUCGGAUUUCUUCCCGCAGGGACGGCACCGCCACCCUCCUCAACUGCUCCAGCACCGAACGCGAUUUCUUCUUAUGCCGCUGGUGGAACUGUACUGCUCGCUCUAAAAUUGGGUACCUCUGUUCUUGAUCAAUUUUUAGAGCCACUGCGGUGAUAUCGUCCUGGCGCAUAGGUGCUCCUUUUGAUGAUUUGGUUCAUCGUAUUUUGAGACCUAUAAGGCUCAAUUAUGAUCAGGGAGGGAAAAACAGCGCAACCAGACGGACUAACCCUAUCAAUAUUCAGUUUACAGCCAGGAUUUGUCGUAAGCCAUGGUGAGGGUGAAAGGAGGAGAGUGGGGGCAUGUGCUGGUAGUGAAGGAGCCUGCAAAGCAUGGCAUGGCAUGGCAUGUGAAGUGCACACACUGUGGUAAAGUAUUCCAAGGGAAUGCCAUGCGCAUCAGAUCGCACUUGCUUGGACAUCCUGAGAAAGUGUCGGGGUGCCCAGCAUGUCCGGCAGAGGCUCGGGAAGAGCUUCGGCUGAGUUAUCUAGCUAAAUCUCAAGUUGAGCGGAAGAAUCGUCAGAACCGAAGCUUUAAGGCAUCUCGAACCUCACACCAACGCCGGAAAGAUGCUCAGCAGGGAGACCCAAUGCUCGAUCCGAAGCACACGGAGGAAAAACUCGCCGUGGAGCAAGCUCUGAGAAACAUGGCUUUUCAAGCUGGAUUACCUGUGAACUAUGUAAACCACUCGGCAAUCAAGUCAACGGUGUCGGAUACAGGUGAUCUUGCAGAUCUGGAUUUUUUUCUUGAUGGCUUUGGAAUCCGGGCAGAAACGAUCGGUAAGAUAAAGGAGAUGGGCUUCACUGGCAAAACAUUCAUGUCAAAUGUUGAUGAGCUCCUCACACUUCUUGAUUCCAUUAAGCAGCAUUGUCAUUUAACACUUGGAGAGGAAUGGGGCAUUAAGGGCGCUGCAAAGAAGUGGCAAAAAGGACAUGGAAUAAUAAAUUCCCAAACAGAACUCGAGAAGUGGCCGGAUCCAGAAUUCAAGUCGGCACCUGGGUGCAAGGAGGAAGUUUUGAGUCUUCCUUAAACCUCGCUUCACAAGAAUACAUGUGCAAAGUUUACAGAAAGGUUGGGAGGAUGUGAUAUCUCGAAGGAAUGUGAAUAUUUGAGUUGGUUGAAGACCAAUUUUCAAAUGUACGUCAUGAGAUUAUGAGACAUGUUCUAUACUUAGUAUUUGUAAAUUAUAUGCCAGGGGAAUGUGAUUCAAUUUUGCACUGUCGGAAAGCUCCAUGUAUUAACGUAUAAUUUUCGGUUGGUACAGAUGUAGCAGUAGUAGAGAUUUUAAAAGUGUAGGUGAGCUGGAGUGGUAGAUGUGAAAUUUAGCAUUACUGGAAUUCGGGUGAGGUGAAACCAAAAAGUUCUACUGUAGAAAUCAUAAUCUGUAAUUGUUAGAGGUAUGUUGAGGUUGUGAAAAUCAGCUGUAGCCAAACUUGUAGACAGGUGCAGACUUGGGAACCAUUGUAACAUACUCAUUGGCUAUAUAUGUAGCUAACCAUCCUAUCGCAGUAAAGGAGUUGCUUGAUUAUGGGAAAUUGUUAUA